AUGGUUGAGCAAGAUCCUCCACCCGCAUAUGCCCUGCACGAGUUCACCUAUACCAAAACCCCAGAAGCGAAUACUACAGACCAAGAAACUGGACCCGUCAAGGUUCCCUGGUAUAAUCCACGAAGCUGGCCCCCAGGCACCAGAGUCCGUCUACCAUUAUUGAUCAUCAUCAUAUUGGUCAUCACCGUGGUCCCCAUCGAAGUGAUCAAAAACCGGUAUCCGAACUACAAAUAUCUAGAGUAUAAACUUGUCGACGAAUACUCUGGACCAAAAUUCUUCGAAAAAUUCAACUACUUCACCGAAGAAGACCCAACAAAAGGCUUCGUGGUCUACGUCAACGGAACCACAGCUACGAAUCUCAACCUCACCCACGCCAGCGACACCGCAAUCCUACGCGUAGACGCAGCAACCCGCAACGCGAAGGACGGCCGGAACUCAGUGCGCAUCGAAUCAAAGAAAACAUACGAUGAAGGCCUCUUCAUCUUCGAUAUACUUCACACCCCAUUCGGUUGUGGAACAUGGCCCGCUCUCUGGUUGACAGAUGGGUACAACUGGCCAUCGAAUGGCGAGAUCGAUGUCCUGGAAACAACCAAUGGGGGAAGUCAGGGGAACGAAAUCACACUCCAUACUACGAAGGGGUGCUCGAUGAACGUCAAGCGCAAGCAGACAGGACAAGUCCUAGCGAAUAAAUGCGAUGACACUCAGCAUGGAAAUGCAGGCUGCGGCAUCCUGGGCAACAGUUCCAGUUACGGGGAGGUGAUGAAUAACAAUGGUGGAGGUAUUUAUGCGCUCGAGAUACGCACAGAAGGGAUCCGAGUGUGGUAUUUCCGUCGAGAUUCUAUCCCCGCCGAUAUAGGGACGAAACCGGACCCGACGCGGUGGGGAAUUGCGUUGGCGGAUUUCCCGAGUACCAAGUGCAAUGUCGGUUCUCAUUUUAGGAAUCAGAGUAUUAUUGCUAAUAUUGAUUUGUGUGGGGAGCUUGCGGCUCAGGCUCAGUACUAUGAUACUAUGUAUCAUUGUCCUGCUACUUGUCCGGAGUUUGUGGCUAUGAAUCCUGGUAGCUUUGUUGAUGCGUUUUGGGAGUUCAAGAGCUUCAAGGUUUAUCAGAGUUCUGUGAAACUGGCAAGGGAUGCUAGGUUGGAGCGGGAGAGGGAGGAAAGGGCGCGAAAGGAAGAAGAACGGAAGAAGAAGCAGGAAGAACGGAAGAAGAAGCAGGAAGAAUGGAAGAAGCAGCAGGAAGAAAAGAGGAAGCAGCAGGAAGAACGCAAGAAGCACGAAGCAGAAGAACGCAGGAAGCAGCAAGAAGAAGAAGCAAAGAGUCAGGCGAAUGCUGGUGAAAACACAGUCUACUACGCCAGCAACCCUGGAAUCCUUACACAGAUUUGGUGUAUCUUUUUCUGUUAA